AUGCUUCUGAAAAGAAACACCUGCCUGUUGGCCUUUCUCUUGUGUUCCUUGACCUUGUGGUGCAAGUCAACCAGUGCGGGCUCCAGCUUCCUCAGCCCAUCACAGAAACCUCAGAACAAAGUGAAGUCCUCCAGAUUUGGUCGCCAAGCCAUGGAGGAGCCAAAUCAAACCAAUGAGGACAAAACCAUGACAAUAAGCGCGCCCUUUGAAAUUGGCGUCACUUUGAGAGCAGAAGACUUGGCGGACUACAUUGUAGAACUGCAGGAGAUUGUCCAACGCCUGCUGGGAAACACAGAAACAGCAGAGAGACCAUCUCCUCGUUGA